AUCAUCAUCAAGCCCAGUCUGCUGAAUCAAAACAAUGGCCGACUGGCAAGCUAACAUUUUACCUCUUGUGAUCUGUUUAAUUGUUUAAAAGAUAGUUUUUUGUGACUCUGUGUACGAAAGUCUUACUGGGAUGGAGAGAUGAUUUAGUACGUGUAUUCUGAGAGAAAACUGCCAGCUGCCAAGCCUCGCUUUUCGCUGCCAAAAUGAGUGAUGUUGUGGAGAAGACCCUGACAGCUUUGCCGAGCCUCCUGUCAUUGGACUCUCAGCCUGGAUCUGCAAAACUAUCGUCCACCUCAAAAUUAGGAAACCUCAUCAGGGGGAUCACUGAGCUAACGUCCAAACAUGAGGAAGAAAAACUUAUUCAGCGCGAACUAGCAUCUAUCAAAGAACAGGUGGCUUCCCCCAACACCUCCAUGAGGCAAAUGAAGGAGCUCAUGGUGAGAGCCAUCUACUGUGAAAUGCUCGGUUAUGAGGCUUCAUUCAGCUAUAUUCAUGCCAUCAAACUGGCUCAACAAGGCACUGCUCUGGAGAAAAGAGUCGGUUAUCUCGCUGUGUCUUUGUUUCUGAAUGAAAAUCAUGAGCUGCUCCUUCUCCUUGUGAACACUGUAUUAAAGGAUCUUCAAAGCACAAACCUUAUUGAAGUGUGUAUGGCUCUAACUGUUGUCAGCCAGAUAUUUCCCAAAGAUAUGAUUCCUGCGAUCCUUCCUCUGGUUGAGGAGAAACUAAACCACCCAAAAGAAAUCAUUCGACGAAAAGCAGUCCUGGCACUGUAUAAAUUCUACUUAAUAGCGCCGAAUCAAGUUCAACACAUCCACAACAAAUUUCGCAAAGCUCUCUGUGAUAAGGAUCCUGGUGUCAUGACAGCUUCACUCCACAUCUACAUGCAGAUGAUUCAGGAGAAUCCAGAAAGUUAUAAGGACCUGACAGCAAGUUUUGUCACCAUACUGAAGCAAGUGGUGGGAGGAAAACUUCCUUUAGAUUUUAACUAUCACAGUGUCCCUGCUCCAUGGCUGCAAAUUCAGCUUCUUAGAAUACUGUCUCUACUUGGGAAAAAUGACCAGAGCACAAGUGAGAUCAUGUAUGAUGUCCUUGACGAGUCUUUACAAAGAGCAGAAAUGAAUCAUAACAUCACCUACGCAAUAUUAUACGAGUGUGUAAAAUGUAUUUACACAGUUCAUCCCAAGUCUGAUCUUUUGGAAAAAGCUGCAAAGUGCAUUGGCAACUUUGUUCUGUCAUCGAAGAUUAAUCUCAAAUAUCUCGGCUUGAAGGCCCUGACCUACGUGGUCCAACAGGAUCCUAAACUGGCCCUGCAGCAUCAGAUGACCAUCAUCGAGUGUCUUGAUCACCCCGACCUUAUCAUCAAGCGUGAGACCUUGGAGUUGUUGUUUCGGAUCACUAACGCCCAGAAUGUCACAGUGAUUGUUGAGAAGAUGCUGGAGUUUCUACGCACCAGUAAAGAUGACUACACUACCAUCGACCUGGUCGGGAAGGUGGCAGAGCUGGCAGAGAAAUAUGCACCAGACAAUGAAUGGUUCAUUGAGACCAUGAACACAGUCUUUUCAGUAGGUGGAGACAUGAUGCAGCCUGACAUCCCAAACAGUUUCCUUAAACUGUUGUCUGAGGGGUUUGACAGCAUCGAAGAAGACAGGAAGUUGAGGCUGCUUGCUGUGGAUUCAUAUAUUUCUCUGCUGCAAGGACAGCCUGAAAAACUGCCACAGUGCUUCCUCCAGGUCAUUUGUUGGGUCCUUGGAGAAUACUCCUGUUUGCGGGAUGAACUUGAACCGGUCACAGUCCUGAGGCUGCUGGCCAAACUGUUGGACAUGAAGAACACCAGCAGUGAAACAAAGACCUGGGUCCUCAUGGCAAUGACCAAACUCUGUGAGGGCGGGGCAGGUCUUUCUGUGGCUCAGGAGGUUUCUGAAACAUACAGCAACUCUCUGGACACAGUGCUGAGACAGAGGGCUCAGGAGCUGCAGCACCUCAGUAAUGACUCUGAGCUGCGAGCCAGGGUACUACCUCGAGACUCUGGCAUGGAGCCCCUGGAGGUGGAUUCUUCUCUUUCAUUUCUGGAUGGGUUCGUGUCGGAGGCGUUGUCCGCCGGCGCUGCUCCAUACAAGCCUCCCCAUCAACGGCAGGAGGAAUUAGCUCAGGCAAAAGCGUUGAGCCUGGAGCCAUAUGGCCUGUCCCUGCCCAUCAGCAUGUCCUCCUGCAGCAUCGCUGACAGACAGUCUCCCACACUGUUGUCCAUGAGCUCUGGUCUGUCAGGCGAUAGCACCGACCUCUCACACAAAGGAGGCUCUACCACUCUGAAGCUGGAUGGUGUGAAGAGGGUGUGGGGGAAGGACGGCUACUUGGCACAGAGGGAGCCUGUGGAGGAGGCUGUCCAGGUUGAGGUUCCCAGCCCCCUCCGGUCAGCCAGCCAACAGUUGGAAGCCGACAGCUCCCACUUGCAGACUCCCACUCCGAUACCCACCUCUGAGCCUGAACAAGAGAAACAGCAGCUGGCCUCUUCGCUGUUUGUCGGCCUGAGCUCCCACAGCUCUGUGUGUCUGAUGGGAAAAUCUGAGCCCCAGCGAUUUAGAAGAAAAGCCAAAGGUCCAAGCUUGUCCUCUGAUGCCAGCGGGAAAAUAUCCAGCUCAGUUGAGUCUACUGCGAGCACAGUGGAUAAGUUGCUGUGUGACAACCUCCUGGACUCCAACAUCACCUCAGAGCUGGUCGUUUCUUCACCCACAGACACGUCCCAAGUCUGUCAGAGCGCCACGACUGCAAAUGGCACCCUCGAUGAAGAGUUAACUGAGAGUGACGCAAAGGGAGGGAAUCCUGCUCUGCACGAAGACGCAGACACGCCUAAAGACUUGUGUCUCAGCUCUUAUCUUCCUGCAGAGCUCGCUGGACUCUCCCACUCUGAAAUCAUCUCCCUGUGCUCCAACCACAGCCUGAGUGUCUCAGCCUGCCAUGUGCAGAAAGAUGAUUCUUUAACACUAGUUGUUUUCAUUUACAACUCCUCUCACUCUGACAUUUCACAGAUACUACUACAACUCGAGUCUGAUGAACUUGAGGCAUCCUGUGUGUCCGACAGUCCAGUGCUGGAGGCGCAAAGCCGCAGUGCAGCGGUGUGUCAGUAUUCCCUGACUGUGAAGAGGCCUUCAGUCCAUGUUGAAGUGGUUGGAAUGGUGUCUUACCAGCUGCCUGUCGGGACACCUCAGUCAGUGCAGUUCUCGUACAAACUGCCUCUAACCAGCUUCAUCAGACCUUUGGCUGUGUCCACUGAGGAGUACGGGAAAAUGUGGCUGGCCUUCUCUAACGAUACAAAGCAGAACAUGACGCUGAUAAAUGAUGGAAGGAAGGAAGCCCUCGCAGCCACUCUGAAUGUGCUGAAGAAGAAGCUUCAGCUGCAUGUUGUGGAAAUUAUAGGUAUGGAAGGCAUCGUAGCUUGCCAGCUCCUGCAGGAUCAGGCUUGUCUGAUGCAUUGUCGUGUGAAUGCAGGAGCACUCUCGGUGUGGCUGCGCUCUCCAGUCCCGGACCUGCCCGACUGCCUGAUCUACCACUGUCAGAGAGCUUUACAGGAGCACUGAGCCCUGAAUGCAACACCUCCACUGACACCACAACAUGACCACCUGACCCCUAACCACUGAAGAUCCACAGAACAGAGCAGGAGACAGUACAGAACAUCUGCAUCCUCAUCUUUAUGUGACAGUGUUUACUAUUUGUUUGUCUCUUCCACUAAAGUUUCAACAGUGGGAUUCUUUAAGUCCAUCAGUCAGUUAUUUUUAAUAGUGAAAUUGGAGUAAUAAUUCACAUGAUCACAGUUAUUUGGAAGUCAUGGUUGGUAGUAACCUCAGGGCCAAAGGACUGUGCUUUUAACCUUCUGUGUGAUGUUUCAGAAUAACACGUAUGUCUUAAAAUGAUGACUGGGCUCCGUGAUGACUUGAAAACUUCAGUGGCUGAAACAUUGCGUCUGAAUGAAACGAACGCUAGGUAUGAUAUGAAUCUCGACAGAUUAGUCUUUGUCCAUCAGGUCUGCAUGCUAAACAGUGUCAGUGAAGCUUACUUUAAUCCCACAAAGAUAUGAAAGUUCAUCUCCAUUUCUCGUUUAGCAUCUGAAAGCAUUUCAUUGUUAUUAUGAACUACAGUUUUUGGUUCUUCACUGUCUGUAACUACUGACUGAAGCAAUACCUAACGAAAUGUAAAGAAUAACACAAACUCUUGCACGUCUUUUAGGAGUACCAAAUUAAUUGUUCCUCAUCUGCCUGCUCGCCCUUACCGCAGAAGUAAAAAGAGGUUUACAUCCCUGUUUGUCUGGAGGACCGACAUUAUCAGCCUUUGACUGCAGCAGUUACACAUAUUUCUUACACAUAUGAGGAGAGUAUUCUGUCUUAAAUGUAGCUAUGAAGAUCAUCUCACUCUGCGAUUCACUUGUCUGUUCAUCUUCAUGAUGGGGAGCCUUCAAGUUUCCCCCUCGUGUUUUGCAGAGGCGGCCUUCUGUGUGCUAUGAUUAUCUAUGCACUCGUGUAUGGUUUGAGGUGGAUUUUAGUGGUCUUUGAUUAUUAUAUUUUUGUAUCAAUGCAGUGUUAAAAACAUAUUUAUUGCAUUUAUAUUCUUACAAAAGAUCUUUUUUAUUAAUUUCUCUCGAAGAAGAAAAGUCAUUCACAUAUUGUUUGACUAUGUGGUGCCAGGUUUGACUCAAUAUGUUUUAUUUAAAACAAGGCAGAAGGGAAAGUCACCUUUUGUUUGUUUGUUUUUUUUGCAUGUGUUCUGAUUUAAAGCCCAGCUUGAAGCUGACUAUUUGUCUAAAUUUCAACUUUAACCCAACGCCUUAUGUUCUAAUGCCAAGGUGGCGUGUUUGAUUUGUGCCUGUGGUACAGAGAAAACCAUUUCUUAGUUUCUUAGAGUGCCUGUCACUACAUUCUGCUAACUUAGGAAUAAAUUAAACACAUGUAAAUUCA